GAUGGCGGAGGCUGAAGAUGAAAACAAACCGAAGGAAGGAUUUUUACAGAAGUUAUUAAAGAAAAUAGCUGAGGAACGUAAAAGAAAUGGCAGGGGCAUGAUUGACUCAGACUCUGGGUUUGAAUUGGUGAACACAAACCAGUUUUGGCCUGACCUCUUUGCUCAACAUUUCCUGAAUGGCGGAUCAUCACCGGAUGACAGCCGUGAUGACAUGCUCUUUUACAUUCGUAAAAACCCUGAGCUAAAAAACAGACAUGGCAUGAUCCAGCCACUGGUGGAGGUAUACAGAAGAGACUCAAAGAGGCUUCCUGCCCUAGAUGAGCCUUCUAUAGACUGGGAAGAAACAGUUUAUCUCAACAUAAUUUUACACCAGUUUGAGUACACAAUCACUUGCGGUUUGUGCACAAGAACUGCAGAGCAGAAUUUACAGAUCCUGAAGAAGUUCUCACAAAGAGUCUAUCCUAGUCCAAGCAAACGGUCCAUGGAUAGUAAGGGCACCCAUGAAGAAAUUACGUACCCAAACAUUUUUUUCACAGUUGAUGAUUUCGAAGAGGCCUUCCAAGAUCUCAUUGUUCGAGACUCUGAGAGUGUAGCGGUAGAACUGACAGCAAGAGAUAAGGGGGGCCACUUUUCAAGUGUCAUUUUCCUUGGCUCUGUCAAAUAUGAUGCGCUGAAACGCGUCUACGACAAUCGGGCAAGUCUCACACAAAAGCUCACCCAAAGGAUGUCCAUGGGGCUCAUCAAGAAUAAGAAAAGAGUGGAGUUCCUCAAGAUGAGGGGGCCCAGGGGAAAAGGCUGCGCUGAAAUGGCAGUCAGUCGAUUGAAAGGGUCCGGCCCUGAAACACCAGACCUUGAAAAUUUCCCUGUUGGAGAUUUUGAGGAUGGCGAAUCAGAAGAUCAGUAUUCCCAUCGUCGCAUGAGCGACCCGAGCCAAGGCAUAACCAAUUAUGUCCGUGGUGGUUUCCGUCGAGCGCUUAGUAUGAAGAAGUCUCGCUCAGAAACGGAAGGGGUCGAUGCUUCCGCUGGAGAGGAUGGUACCGAGGUGGAGGCAGGUACAUUGCAGGAUGAGCUGACUGAUGCGGACCAGUACAAUGGUUUCUGGGGUAAAUCCUUCGGCCAGGCCUGGCAUUGGUUCAAAGAGAAGAAGAGAGCCUCCUGUGUCGCUCUGAACGCCAACUUAACAUAUGUCAUGCUUCCCUGGCAUCGAAUAAUUGGGGAUGUUCUAGAGGUGAAACAGAAGCCUGUGCUCACGCACUGACCUGACGAUGUUAUGAGACAGAGGAAUGUGGGACAAAUCACUCUCACAUUAGAUGGUCUGGAGGCGUCUGUGUGUAUGUGCAUUUGUGUGCGUGUGUUGUUUAUGAGGUAAUUACUAGUUGAUAUACCGGAGAUGCUGUUUUGUCAACUGUCUGUUCACAUACAUGUAGGUAUAUGAGAACUUUGGGUAAUUUUCUUGUGGCUGUCAAUGCUAAGUCAUCUAUUUUAUUGUACCCAUUAGCAAUUAAAUUAGGCCCUUGGGUGUAUCGAAACUCUUGUCAAUUUUCAUGUGGAUGUUCAUGCCCUUUCUGUGGUUCUAAUAUUUUAUCCCUCGUAUAUACACAUGUAGAAAUAUGUGAAAAUUUAGGCAAAAUUUCAUGUGGUUCUCACUAAACAUUUUAUACAUUUAUUGGCUUAAGCAUGUUUUUUGCUUUCGUGAUAAAUUGGCUUGCAUAAUUAAAUCUGAGCUUCAUUUUUAUUGCAGCUGGUUUAAUUUUUUUUUAAACAUGUUCAAGCUAACAUUUUCUCUUCAAUCUUGUUCUUUCAAGAGGAUUUUAAAUGCGGUAAGGGUUAUAAGAAUUCAUAUCUCAUGCUCUCUAUUUUUAUAAAUUGAGCAAGAAUAAUCCUUUUAAAGCACAAGGGCUUUCUGUAUUACUACCUCCUCAUACGCCAAACUGAUAAUGAAAUGUGCAUGUAAUUGAUAGGUAGUCAUCAUGACUGGAAUUUGCAGUAAAAAAAUCCUGAAGUCCUGUUU